AUGGGCCCCCUCAACCCGCAGCUGCUGAUGGAACGGGGGCAACCCAAGAGCCGCCGACUGGGGAGGAUCCGGAGCCUGGACCUGUCAGGACUGGAGCUGCACUCAGAGCACUUGGACCCCAAGCUCCUGAGCCGCCUGAAGCAGCUGCAGGAGCUGGACCUCUCCAACAACCAACUGGAGGUGCUGCCGGACAACCUGGGCCUGUCCCACCUGCGCGUCCUCCACUGCUGCAACAACCAGCUGGGGGAUGUCACUGCCUUGUGCCAGUUCCCGAAGCUCGAGGAGCUCAGCCUGGAGGGCAACCCCUUCCUGACAGUCAACGACAACCUGAAAGUCUCCUUUCUCCUGCCCAAGCUGCGCAAGGUCAAUGGCAAAGAUGCUUCCUCCACUUCCUCUCAGGUGGAGAACCUGAACCGGGAGCUGACCAUCAGAGUGACAGCUCACUGGGAGAAGUUCAUGGCCUCACUGAGCCCUGAAGAGGAGGCUGAGAAGGCCCGGGCGGACUUCGUGAGGUCUGCUGUCAGGGAUGUGCACUACGGGCCCGAGUCCCUCAGCGAGUUCACUCGGUGGCGGGUGCGGAUGAUCUCUGAGGAGCUGGUGGCCUCUGGUGGGACCCAGGUCCGUGGGGCAAACAUCCCAGAGAAGUCCCCAAAAGCCACAGCUGUCCAGGAGCCCAGGGCCAGGCCAGGGGCCUGCAAACGGCCAGGUGAUGCCCCACUCAACUUUUCUCCCUACAAGCGGGUGUGCACCUCCCCAUCGGCCCAGGUGGAGGGCCGCCCCACGGGCUCCGAUGGCAGCCAGCCUGCCCUGAAGCUGGAGCCCCUGCACUUCCUGCAAUGCCACAGCAAGAACAACAGCCCCCAGGACCUGAAAACCCAGCUCUGGGCCUGCGCCUUCGAGCCAGCCUGCGAAGAGGGGCAUACAGGGUCCACAUCCCAGUCUGUGGCCACGUGUGGCGGGGAAGCUGUGUGUGUGAUAGACUGCCAGACGGGCAUCGUUCUACACAAGUACAAGGCACCUGGCGAGGAGUUCUUCUCCGUGGCCUGGACAGCCCUGACGGUGGUCACACAGGCAGGCCACAAGAAGCGCUGGAACGUGCUGGCGGCUGCAGGCCUCCGGGGCCAGGUCCGGCUGCUGCAUGUGCGAGCUGGCUUCUGCUGUGGGGUCAUCCGGGCCCAUAAGAAGGCCAUCGCCACCCUCUGCUUCAGCCCCACCCACGAGACCCACCUCUUCACGGCCUCCUACGACAAGCGGAUCAUCCUCUGGGACAUUGGGGUUCCCAAUGAAGAUUACACAUUCCAGGCCAGCCAGCUGCUCACACUCGAUAGCACCUCCACACCCCUGCGCCUCUGCCCCGUUGCCUCCUGCCCAGAUGCCUAUCUGCUGGCUGGCUGUGAGGGUGGCUGCUGCUGCUGGGACGUGCGACUGGACCAGCCUCAAAAGAGAAGGGUGUGUGAAGUGGAGUUCAUCUUCUCUGAGGGCUCCCAGGCAUCUGGCCAGAGAGUGGACGGGCUGGCGUUUGUGAAUGAAGAUGUCGUGGCCUCCAAGGGGAACGGUGGCCUGGGCACCAUCUGCCUGUGGAGCUGGAGCCAGACCUGGGUGAGCCGGGGCAGCCAGUCUACAGUGGCAGUGGUGGUCCUGGCUCGUCUGCAGUGGUCACCAACCGAGGUGGCCUACUUCUCACUCAGCACUUGUCCUGACAAGGGCAUUGUGCUCUGUGGAGAUGAGGAGGGCAGCGUGUGGAUCUACGAUGUCAGGCACCUCCUGAUGCAGCAGCCUCCACUGCCGGCAGCCCCGCAGGCCCCCACACAGAUCCUUAAGUGGCCCCAACCCCGGGCCCUCGGCCAGACAGUGACCAGGACCAUGGUGAACACAGUGGCGGCCAACCCCACCUUUACCUACCUCACCGCUCUGACAGACUCCAACAUUGUAGCCAUCUGGGAGAGAUCCUAG